AUGCUGACCAAGAAUCUAUUUUUAUACCUAUUCACCGCACUCUUGCCUUUUGUCUCAGCUUUGCCACCACCCAGCCCUCACGACGACCAGCUUCUUGCUCGUGGAUUUAAGCAUUCUCACAGACCUUUGAACUCCCCAGCAAAGUCUCCGAAUCAGGGUUAUGAUGGAUCAAAUUCCGCUCCUACGCCAUCCAUGAAUGGCAGCAUCAUUGCAGCUUGGUACCCAGUCCUCACUUUGAAUUCAAGCGUACCCACGACUGACCCUGCCGUUCUGAGCAUUGACGCCAAGAGCGAGGCUGCGCUUCCGGGAUUUGUUUCGAAUGCAAAGAAAAAUAAUGUUAAGGCAGUACUAUCGAUUGGUGGUUGGGCUGGUUCCCAGCAUUUUUCGUCUAUCAUGUCGACACCUGAAAGUCGAACUACGUUUGUGAAGACGUGUCUUGAUACUGUUCGGAAGUAUGAUCUAGAUGGAAUUGAUUUUGAUUGGGAGUACCCCGGAAAGAAGGGCGAUGAGUCAAAUGAAGUCUCACCCUACGAUUCCGACAACUUCCUUGCCUUCCUUCAGGAGUUGAGGAAAGACCCUUCUGGCGCUGACCUCGUCCUGUCCGCUGCUGUUGGCAUGACUCCUUUCUUCGGAACUGAUGGGAAACCAAAAUCCGAUGUCGCAGCUUUCGCUGAGGUCUUUGAUUACAUUGCUAUUAUGGCCUACGAUAUCUGGGGAGCAUGGUCUCCUAGUGUUGGCCCUAACGCUCCUUUGUAUGACCGAUGUUCACCAAAUGCGGCUGGCUCCGCAGAAACUGCCGUUGAGGCCUGGGCCAAUGCUCAGUUCCCUGUCGAUCAGAUCGUCCUUGGUCUGGCCUCAUAUGGACGUGGUUAUACCCUGAAAAAUGGCGAAUCAGAGAACAUCGGCAAUUUUCCAGGUUUCGAAGCUUCUUCUAUUCCUCCAGGAGAUGAAGACACUAGCACCGUAGCCUGUCCUACAAACACGGGUCUGUUCAACUUCCAAGGCCUGAUUAAGCUCGGCUAUUUGAAGGAAGAUGGUACGCCUGCUCCAGAUGUCAAAUAUAAGUUUGAUGAUUGCAGCCAGACGCCAUACCUGUUCAAAGAGAGCGGAAGUAUUGUAGUCUCGUUUGAUGAUGCACGUAGCUUUGGUUCAAAAACUCGCUAUGUCAAAGAUCAUGGGCUAUGCGGCGUUGCCGUAUGGCACGGUGUUGGAGACUACAAAGAUAUUCUUUUGGAUUCAGUCCAUGCGGCGAUGACGUCCUCUUGA